GAUCGGCUCCGCUCCGUCGCCGUUCUUCAGCCGCGCUUUGGAGCGGCGCCGUCCCCGAACCGGGCAAACCGCGAGCAAUUGAAGGCCGCUCCUCGACCGGGUGCGAGCCGUGCCGCUGCCGGCCGCGCGGCUUUCGCGGCGCUGCAGCUCUGUGUUACCGAGCAGAACGGUGAGCUUUGGGAUCUCCCGUCCCGGCGGCAGCUCGGCCAGGUGAGCACGCAACCGCAGCGCUGUGCCUUUCAGAUGCCCGAGGAUCCGGACGAGCUGGCGGUGCUGGAUGAAAUCCAGCAGGAGCUGAUCCUGCAAGAACAACUGGUUAUAGAAGAAUAUGAGCGAAGUCUGCAGUUUGAUGAAGAAUGUCUCAAUGCAAUCCUUGAUGGCUUGGAUGCCAGCAACAAAAUCAUCUGCCCAGUGUGCAGAAAGUACCAUCUGACUGUGAGGAGCCAUUCAGUUUUUUGCCAGUGUGGAUUGGAUGUCCCUGCCCAGGAUAUGACGGAAGAGAAGCUUCGGUCACUUCUAGAAAACACUAUAACAGAGCACAGUCACAGGUGCCUUCACAAUCCGGAGUUCACAGUUACCAGUGGAAUGGAGGAGGAAGCCAGUCUCCUCAUGACCUGUCUGGUCUGUGACUUCUGGAUGAUUCUCUUGUAAGUUGCUUCAGCUGCUGCUUUUUCGGUGACUUCAAGACUAGAACUCAACCUAGAGCUGCUACUGUCUUCUAGUGUGUAUAUAUAUAUUCGUGUCUGCUGUGUCAGAAAUACUUCAAGGCAGUGCUACUGCCUUAACCUGCACUUUUGAUGGCACAGUCCAUGUUUUUAUAAUAAAUAUUUCAUCCUUCAUAUCUUCAA